AUGACGCACCGCUGCUUUAAAUGUGGAGAGGGAUUCUCCCGCGUCUACGACAUGCUCUUACACCAGACCAUUCAUAUAGAUGGAACGACCAUGUUCAAAACCAAGAAGGUUCACCGCUGCUCAACGGAAGUCAGGAAUCCCAGUUUCUGGCCUGACAUUGUGGAGAGGCUUCCUACAAUAGGUGUCCCAGACCAAUACCAUGACAACCACACAGCUAAGCCAAUAGGAGUUCUGGACCAAUACCAUGACAACCACACAGCUAAGCCAAUAGGCGUCCCAGACCAAUACCAUGACAACCACACAGCUAAGCCAAUAGGAGUUCUGGACCAAUACCAUGACAACCACACAGCUAAGCCAAUAGGAAUCCCGGACCAAUACCAUGACAACCACACAGCUAAGCCAAUAGGAGUCCUGGACCAAUACCAUGACAACCGCACAGCUAAACCAAUAGGAGUUCUGGACCAAUACCAUGACAACCACACAGCUAAGCCAAUAGGAAUCCGAGACCAAUACCAUGACAACCACACAGCUAAGCCAAUAGGAGUCCUGGACCAAUACCAUGACAACCGCACAGCUAAACCAAUAGGAGUCCCUGACCAAUACCAUGACAACCACACAGCUAAGCCAAUAGGAGAGGAAUGCCAAACUCCAUCAACUCUACAGAUACACAUGAGAACUCACACUGUAGAGAACCAGUCUAAUCCGCAGUGCCCUCUCUACUGUGGGAAGAGAUUCUCCAGCAAGAGUUACAUCAAGAUCCACCGGAAGAUCCACAGUGGGAAGAUCUCUUACCACUGUGCCCAGUGUGAUAAGACUUUCCUGUCAGCGGAGGGGCUCAAGAAGCACGAGAGCGCUCACCGAGGAGAGAGACCGUACCGAUGCCCUGCGUGUGGCAAGUGUUUCAAACAACAAUCCCAGCUGACCUGUCACUUCAAGAUCCACACCGGAGAGAGGAGCCAUCUCUGCUUCCUGUGUGGGAAGAGUUUCGCCAGAGAGUUCGACCUCCGGGUGCAUCUCAGAGUCCACUCUGGAGAGAAGCCCUACCAGUGCCACGAGUGUGGCAAGAGCUACAGGUACAGAGCAGGCAUCCGGUCACACAUGCAGCAGAUGCACCCUGGGAAGCCUAUAGUGGAACCAACCCCACCCAUCCCCACAGGCCCUCGCUACGGCAGUGGAGGAAGUGGUCUUCCUACAUCCCUCAUCAGAAAGGAUCCUGGUGACCAAUCCAGCCCCAAAGCUAUAGAGGCCCAGGGUCCUGAUCCAAGCCAUGGCAGCAAGGCGUCCAGUCAAACACCUCGGUUGAAGGCCAGAGCUGAAGAAGAAGAGGAGGAAGAGGAAGAAGAAGAGGUGAACGUUGAUGGUUCGGGUAAUUCUGAAGAAGACGACGCCAGUUGGAAACCUGCUCUUCGUCUUGCCAAGACCGGUGGCGGUGGUCCCUCUGCAUCAGGACCACAGAGAAAACACCGGAAGAAACAACCGGUCAAAAGGAGAACCAGCGUCAAAGAAGGCAAACGGAAGCAACCGAAAGCCAAGAGGUUUAACAACCGUCGCUGCUUUAAAUGUGGAGAGGAUUCCCCGGGAAUAUGA